UUAGAAAGAAUUCAAGGAGAUAUUUGUGGGCCAAUUACCCCUCCGUGUGGACCGUUUUGAUAUUUUAUGGUGCUCAUUGAUGCAUCAACACGUUGGUCACAUGUCAGUCUUUUAUCGACUAGAAAUUUUGCAUUUGCAAAUCUCCUUGCUCAAAUUAUUCGUUUGAGAUCACAAUUUCCGGAUUAUUCGAUAAAGAAAAUCCGACUUGAUAAUGCAGGAGAAUUUACAUCCCAAUCUUUUAAUGACUAUUGCUUGUCAAUUGGGAUUGAUGUGGAACAUCCAGUUCCACAUGUACACACACAAAAUGGUCUUGCUGAAUCCUUAAUUAAGCGAUUACAAUUAAUUGCUAGACCAUUAUUGAUGAAAUCCAGAUUACCAUCAUUUGCAUGGGGAUAUGCUAUAAUGCAUGCUGCAAAUUUAAUUCGGCUUAGGCCAACGGCAUAUCAUAAAUUUUCCCCAUUACAAUUAAUAUCUGGUAAAGAACCAAAUAUAUCACACCUAAAAAUAUUUGGUUGUUCUGUGUAUGUACCAAUUGCUCCACCUUAUCGUACUAAAAUGGGAAUUUAUGUUGGUUUUAAAUCACCCUCAAUUAUUAAUUAUCUAGAACCUAUGACCGGUGACUUAUUCACCGCGCGGUUCGAUGACUGUCAUUUUGAUGAGACAUUAUUCCCAGCCUUAGGGGGAGAUAUUAAAGAAAUGGACCCACGUACGAAAGAUAUUACUUGGAAUGCAACAAAUUUAUCUUUUCUUGAUUCUCGCACAAAUGCUUGUGAACAAGAAAUUCAAAAGAUUAUUCAUUUACAAAAUGUUGCAAACCAAUUGCCUGAUGCUUUCACAGACUCAAAGAAAGUGACAAAGUCACAUGUUCCAGCUAUGAAUGCUCCUUCUCAAAUAGAAAUUCCUGCGGAGAUUAGCGAAAGAACACUUGCUAAUGAAUCUAUGAUACGUAAAAAACGUGGUAGACCACUUGGUUCAAGAGAUUUGAAAACAAGAAAAUUUAAACAGCAAGUUGUAGUUUGUGAUGCCAAAGAAGUUCAACCUUCUCAAGAAGAAAAUGAACAUUUUGAAAAUAUCGGCCUUGAAGAUAACAUCAACAAUAAUGAUACCUCAAAAGAGGAUCCAAUCACCUUCGAAGAGGUAAAUAUUCCAGAUAAAGAUAGAAACGUCGAUAAUUUUGAAAUUUCAAUUAAUUACGUUUCUAAUGGAAUACAAUGGAAUAGAAAUGAUAUUGAUGUUAAUGAUAUAUUUUCAUAUGCCAUCGCCACAGAUAUAAUGAAUGAACACGAUGACAAUGAGCCUAAAUCUAUUGACGAAUGUCGUCGUAGAAAUGAUUGGCCAAAAUGGAAUGAAGCAAUUCAGGUAGAAUUAAAAUCGCUAGAAAAGCGUAAUGUUUUUGGACCAAUUGUCCAUACGCCAAAAGGCGUAAAACCUGUCGGUUUUAAAUGGGUUUUUGUGCGUAAACGCAACGAGAAAAAUGAAAUCGUUAGAUACAAAGCCCAACUUGUUGCCCAAGGUUUUUCUCAAAUGCCAGGAAUCGAUUAUGAUGAGACGUAUUCUCCAGUAGUUGAUGCUACAACUUUAAGAUUUUUAAUUGGCAUGUCUGUUUUUGAAAGGCUGCAAAUGCGCCUAAUGGAUGUGGUGACCGCAUAUUUAUACGGUUCACUCGAUACAGACAUAUAUAUGAGAAUUCCUGGAGGCUUUAAAAUACCUGAUGCUUAUAGCUCGAAAUCUCGAGAUUUAUUUUCCAUAAAAUUGCAAAAGUCAUUAUAUGGAUUAAAACAAUCUGGACGCAUGUGGUAUAACCGUCUCAGUGAAUAUUUGAUUAAAGAAGGGUAUAAAAAUGAUCCUAUUAGUCCAUGGGUUUUCAUUCAGCGAUCCGAAUUAGGAUUCGCCAUAAUUGCAGUAUAUGUUGAUGAUUUGAAUAUAAUCGGAACUCCUAAUGAAAUUGAAAAUACUGCAAAAUAUCUCAUGAAAGAAUUUGAAAUGAAAGACCUUGGGAGAACAAAAUUUUGUCUCGGCAUUCAAAUUGAACAUUUGAGAAAUGGUAUUUUCAUCCACCAAUCAAAUUAUACCGAGAAACUUUUGAAGCGAUUUUACAUGGAUAAAGCACAUCCGCUCAAUUCUCCAAUGGUGGUUCGAUCUCUCAAUGUGAAUGAUGAUCCUUUCCGACCUUGUGAAGAUGAUGAAGAAAUCCUUGGUCCCGAAAUACCAUAUUUGAGUGCUAUUGGAGCAUUAAUGUAUUUGGCUAAUAAUACUCGACCAGAUAUUGCUUUUUCUGUAAAUUUAUUAGCCAGGUACAGUUCUUCCCCAACAAGAAGGCAUUGGAAUGGUGUCAAACAUAUAUUCCGAUAUCUCAAUGGUACAAUCGAUCUUGGAUUGUAUUUCAAGAAUGGUGCAAAUGCCACUUUAAUUGGCUACGCGGAUGCAGGAUACUUGUCUGAUCCACAAAAGGCAAAAUCACAAACAGGAUAUUUAUUCACCUAUGGUGAUACCGCUAUAUCAUGGAGAUCAAUGAAGCAAACAUUAACUGCAACAUCAUCCAAUCAUGCGGAAUUAAUUGCUCUUUAUGAAGCAGGUCGUGAGUGUGUCUGGUUGAGAUCAAUGAUCCAGCACAUACAAAAUGAAUGCGGUAUAAAAUCUUUUACUUCUAAUCCUACUGUGAUUUAUGAAGAUAAUACAUCAUGUAUAGCUCAGAUCAAAGGAGGUUACAUCAAAGGGGACAGAACAAAGCAUAUAGCACCAAAACUUUUCUCCACACAUGAUCUUGAGAAAGACGGAACGGUUGAUGUCAAACAAAUCAAGUCAUGCGACAACCCUGCUAAUUUGUUCACAAAGUCAUUGGCACCGAAGAAAUUUGAAGAACUGGUCCAUAAAAUUGGAAUGUAUCGUCUUCGAGAUAUAUGUUAAAUUGAGGGGGAGUAAUAUAAUGCACUGCACUCUUUUUCCCUUCGUCAGGUUUUUAUCCCACUGGGUUUUUCUUGACAAAGGUUUUUAACGAGACAGUACAUUAUAAUACUAUGAAUCUAAUACCCCAGAAUAAUUAGAAGAUGACCAUUCAUGGGGGAGUGUUGAAAUAUAAUUGAAUUAGUCAUCUUCCAACUAUUCCUGAUUAGGAAUUAUUAUCACCAUUAUAUAAAUAAUCAGGAAAUCAUAAUUAUGAUUCUAGAUGAUAAUUGUGUGGUUCACAAUUAUCCUCUAAUCCUAUGAAGCUUAACUUUUCUCCUAUAAAUAGGAGGCUUCUCCAUUGUAAUUAACACACUAAGAUUACACCAUAAUCACUCCUUUAUCA